AUACCAAACAAACAAAAUCCAAGGCAGGGCAACGCAGCACUGCAAAGCACAGGAACACGGGACACAACCGAGCGAAACCCAAAACAACAGCAUGGCGGACGACGAUCUCGACGAAUUUUUCGACGAGAUCGAGGAGGCCGAAGCGGAGGUUGCCGCCAACACCGGGCAAGGCACAGAAACAGCAACGGAAACAGCAACGGAAACAGAACCAACGACUGCCACAGAAACAGAAACAGCAACAGCACCAGCAACAUCCACGGAACCAGCGACAACGACCACCGCCCCCGCCGAUUGCCCCGCCCCACCGCCCUGCAAGCGCAUCAAGGUCGCGGUGGCAUCGGCCCCGGCGAGGAGGGCCGUCGUUGCGGCCUCGGCGGCGGCCUCUGGUUCCACCCCCGGCCUUCAGCGCCCGCCUCUGUCUCUGUCUCUGCUUUCGGAAGGACGGGCACCGACACAAGCAACCCUUGUGGCACCACCGCCCCCGAGCGGCCAAGGGAACCACUACUUCGGACCCGCACCGGUCCGCGAUAUGCCCCCGCUCCCCCCCGGUCCGAUGCCUCCUCCCCUGAACAUGGAUCGUCCCACGGCCGGAAGCAGCGCCGAUCCCCAAGAGCGGAGCCACCCAAGCGCCGUUGCUUCAAGGGCAGCGGCCAGCGCCAAGACCCGAAGCAAGCCCGUGGUGCGGUCGGCGGCCGGAAAGUCCUGGGUCGAUCCCACCCUGGCGGACUGGCCGGAGGGCGACUUUCGGAUCUUUGUCGGAAACCUCGGGGGGGACGUCUCGGACCAGGUCUUUGACCACUACUUCCGGUCCCGCUACCCGAGCGUGGCCCUCACCAAGAUCGUCCGGGAAGCCUCGUCGUCGAGGCAGGGGGGGAACGCCAAUGCCAAYGCCAACGCGAACGCCGGCGCCUCCAAGGGCUACGGCUUUGUCAGCUUUCUGGAGCCCAUGGACUGCGCGAGGGCCAUCCGGGAGCAGGACCAGCAGUGGCUGGGAAGCCGGCCCAUACGGGUCAAACGGAGCGACUGGAAGGACCGCAACAAGACCACGGUGGAAAAGAAGCAGCGGAGGGAGGACAAGCGCCGGAGGAGGCGGAACGGUGGGGGGAGGUGAGGCAAGGCAGCACCGAUGGAUUUGCGGGGUGCGUGCGUGCCAACGCCAAACGAAACCACGCCAGGGAACGGAACGGAAUGCGAGGCAAGGCAAGGCAACGGAAUGCAACACAACGCAACACGAUAGAGCGCGACGCAAGCAGAGCAGUACGUGCCAUGUACAGCUUAUGCAUAUUGUGGAGACAGGGGCAGGUGCAAAAGACUACUAACAUCGCUAGAAAAUUUGAACCAAUAGAGACGAUUCGCUUCC